UCAAGACGUGAAGAGGGGCGAUCGACGCUCGCCUUUUCUUGCUUAAAUUUUACAUUUGUAAUAUCCGGUUAAGCUUUAUAUUAUCUCAAAAUGCACGCACUUGGUAUGUCACAGCGAUUAAACUCGUCAGCAAUCCCUCCAGCCAACCAGUCGACAGUCGCUGCCCUUGCCCAAGUUGAACGUGAAAAAGUCUUCCAGUGGAUAAUCGAGUUGGCGAGUCCAGAAUCAAGAGAAAAUGCUCUGCUUGAACUAAGUAAAAAGCGAGAGAUUGUUCCUGACUUGGCUCCCAUGCUAUGGAACUCCUUUGGAACAGUAGCCGUCCUCCUUCAAGAAAUUGUCAACAUUUAUCCGUUCAUCAACCCACCAGCCCUAACAGCUCAUCAGUCUAACCGUGUGUGCAAUGCCUUGGCCCUACUACAAUGUGUCGCCUCCCACCCAGAAACAAGAUCAGCUUUUCUGCAAGCCCAUAUUCCAUUAUUUCUGUACCCAUUCCUACACACUGUAAGCAAGACGAGACAGUUUGAAUAUCUGCGACUCACAAGCUUAGGGGUCAUCGGAGCUUUAGUCAAGACUGAUGAACCAGAAGUCAUCAACUUCCUUCUGACGACAGAGAUCAUUCCUCUGUGCCUCAGAAUCAUGGAAAGUGGAAGCGAGCUCUCAAAAACGGUGGCGACGUUCAUCCUGCAGAAGAUUCUUCUGGAUGAGACAGGGCUCUCUUAUAUCUGCCAAACCUACGAGAGAUUCUCACAUGUCGCUAUGAUCUUGUGUAAAAUGGUGAUGACUCUUGCUAAGGAACCCUCGGCUAGACUCCUGAAGCAUGUUGUGCGCUGUUACCUCAGACUCUCUGAUAAUCCGAGGGCAAGAGAAGCACUACGCCAAUGCCUCCCAGACCAACUCAAGGACAACACCUUUGUACCCGUUCUGAAAGAUGACACCUCCACUAAACGCUGGCUCGGCCAGCUCAUCAAAAACCUAACUGAAACCGGUGUGCCCGACCCAAGAGGUAUACCCCUUCCCCCGCAAUGAAAGUGACCGGACAAAACAAAACGCAGGUUCCAUUUUGAAUGGAGAGAGUUCAGCAAUACGCAAUGAAACAAAUAACCAGCUCCCAUUUUCAGAAAUGGAUGCAUGUUCGUCUGCUGUCUAUGAAACGGUAAAGAGCUGUGUUGUUUUGGGUUUUUGUGUAUUAAGGGCCUUGUCACACGGGGGGACUUUUUUGCAAGGAACCUGGAAACAACCGACUGCACUGCAAUAAAACAACACUUCAGUUUCACAAGAGGUAUCUUACUGUCGAAUUGUAUGAAUGUUUCUGCUUUUUGGCCCUUUUGGAGCGUCUCAAAAGUCGUACACAAUGUAAGCUCAAAGGAACGUUUCUCUUGGCAUUUAAGUUCCAAGUAUCCAGUUGACCACCAGAAAAGUCUGCUAGACCACAACAUUGAGAACGGCCCUGCCUGAAGGAAAAGUGUGCAUAAACAGUUUGAACAUUAAUUUUGAACUUUGCAUAGGUCCAACAGCAUGUGUGCCCACCGGAUCACUUAUCCUAUCGAUUUAGACUGUUCAAACCAUUCAGACUUUUGAGACAUGUACAUGUUUUGUAAGACAACCCCUAAGCUGGUUGUAAACAUUGACAUAAAAUACAAGCUUCAUUAAGUAGGCAAGUGGUACUAAGUUAAAAGCCGAAAAAUAGUAAAUUUGAAGAAGUCGUUACAGGGCUCCAAUUUGAGGGAAAAUUCACAAAACUGCGGGGCUUGUAGCUCCAAACUUUUACUGGAACAGAGAAUUUGUCACAAGACCGGAGUCAAAAUGAGAAGAACAAUAUCUACACAGUUUCACAUUUUAGAUGUUUUUUUUUUAAGAAGCACCAAGAGAGGAUUUAUCUCUUUUGUUUAUUGGUAUUACUUCAAUAAUCAAUGGAAUUGAAAGAUAUUUGUAUUUACCAGUUUAAUUUAAAAAUGCAGUGAGGUUAUGUAAGUCAAAAACAAAAUCGCUGGACUUAUAUGGUCGAUAGUUUCUUGGCCCAUUGCUUAAAUCACUGGCCUCAGACCUGCAGUCCAGUCUCAAUUUAAAGGAUUCUGGUACUUUUUCAAAAUGUCCACAGAUUUACGUUAACUUUACAGGGUUUGAAGAUAAUGAGUGUAAAGCUUCCCUUC